AGACCAUCAUGUUCCUCCACCAAAUCUUCUACCAGGGCCUGAAGGCCAGGAUAGCGAGCUGGCCCACACUGGUGCUGGCCGACCUCUUUGACAUUUUGCUGCCCAUGUUAAACAUCUACCAAGAGUUUGUGCGGAAUCAUCAGUACAGCCUGCAGAUCUUGGCCCACUGCAAACAGAACCGAGACUUUGACAAACUGCUGAAGCAGUACGAGAUGAAGCCCGACUGCGAGGAAAGAACGUUGGAGACUUUCCUAACUUACCCCAUGUUUCAGAUCCCUCGUUAUAUCCUGACCCUCCAUGAAUUACUGGCUCACACUCCUCAUGAGCAUGUGGAGAGAAAUAGCUUGGACUACGCCAAGUCCAAACUCGAAGAGCUUUCGAGAGUAAUGCACGACGAGGUGAGCGAGACAGAGAACAUUCGAAAAAAUCUGGCCAUUGAACGAAUGAUUGUGGAGGGAUGUGAAGUACUGCUGGACACCAGCCAGACCUUUGUCAGGCAAGGUAGGGUUGUUUUAUCACCACUCACUGGCAUGAUUUAUUUAUCCGUUCAUCCAUCCACACUGAUUUUAUAUUUUCAACCUAAACUGUGGUACACAUUAACCAACAAUCGGGAAAAAGUUGAGCAUUUUCCCUCCCUUGUGAUCAAAUUCAGCAAUGGCCUGAUGGACAGAUAUCUCUAA